AUGCACCUUCAGCAUUUAUCCUUGGUCAUUAUUGCAAUUCAUACUGUCUCUUUAUGGACUCAUACUAUUUCUUCUCUUUCAUUUCAGAGACUGGCUGAUGCGGCAGAGAAGUUUCAGAAGGCCCAUCGAUGGCAAGACAACAUUAAGGAGGAAGAUAUUGAAUACUAUGACUCCAAGGCUGAUACAGAAUAUGAUGACCCAGAAGGGGAAGAGAUUGAAAAAGAGAAAUUCAAUUCCUUGAAACUGGAAUUCACAGAUGAUGACAACUUCAAAACCAAAGUUAAUUACUCAUAUGCAGCUGUACAGAUACCUACAGAUAUCUACAAAGGCUCCACUGUAAUCCUCAACGAACUGAAUUGGACAGAAGCCUUAGAGGAUGUGUUUGUGGAAAACCGAAAAGAAGACCCGUCUCUGCUGUGGCAAGUCUUCGGCAGCGCUACAGGGGUAACCCGCUUCUAUCCAGCCUCCCCAUGGAGAGCCCCCAAUAAGAUUGACCUGUAUGAUGUCCGAAGAAGGCCUUGGUACAUUCAAGGGGCCUCAUCUCCAAAAGACAUGGUGAUCAUUGUGGAUGUGAGUGGUAGCGUCAGUGGGCUGACACUGAAGUUGAUGAAGACCUCAGUUUAUGAUAUGUUGGACACCCUCUCAGAUGAUGACUACGUUAAUGUUGCUUCUUUUAACCAAAAGGCGCAACCUGUGUCCUGCUUCAAACAUUUAGUCCAAGCUAAUAUCCGCAACAAGAAGGUCUUCAAAGAGGAUGUGGAAGGAAUGGAGGCCCAAGGAACCACUGAUUAUAAGGCUGGCUUUGAAUAUGCCUUUGAGCAAUUGCAAAAUUCCAACAUCACAAGAGCCAACUGCAAUAAGAUGAUCAUGAUGUUUACUGAUGGAGGAGAAGACCGAGUGCAAGAUGUUUUUGAGAAGUAUAAUGGACCGAACAAGACGGUACGAGUAUUCACCUUUUCUGUUGGACAGCAUAACUAUGACGUCACUCCCCUGCAGUGGAUGGCUUGUGCUAACAAAGGUUAUUAUUUUGAAAUUCCUUCCAUUGGCGCUAUCCGAAUCAACACUCAGGAAUAUCUCAAUGUCCUAGGAAGGCCCAUGGUCUUGGCUGGAAAUAAAGCAAAGCAAGUUCAGUGGACCAAUGUCUAUCAGGACGCUUUAGGUCUGGGUUUAGUGGUAACAGGCACUCUGCCUGUAUUUAACCUCACUGAUGAUGGCCAGUCUCGCGGGAGCAGUGAAUGGAAGAACCAGCUCAUCCUGGGUGUUGUGGGGAUUGACGUGGCUCUAAAUGAUAUCAAGAAGCUGACACCGCGGUACAAUUUGGGGGCUAAUGGCUAUGUAUUUGCUAUUGACUUGAAUGGAUAUGUAUUGCUACAUCCAAACCUGCGACCUCUGAUUCGCCGAAGCAUGAUAGAUGGAAAUAAAGAUCAACAAUAUAUUAAGACUCUGAUAAAAUCCCUUGAUGAGAGAUAUGUUGAUAAAGUUCAUAGAACCUACACUUGGGCACCUAUCAAAAGCACAAACUACAGCUUAGGUCUGGUCUUACCGAAUUACAGCAGAUCUUACAUCCAAGCUAAUCUAAGCGACCAGAUUCUCCAGGUGAAGUUACCAAGCAAAUUGAAGGAUUUUGAAUACCUGCUGCCAAACAGCUUUGAGUCCGAGGGACAUGUAUUCAUUGCUCCAAGAGAAUAUUGCAAAGACCUCAACCUGUCGGAUAACAACACUGAAUUCCUGGAAAACUUUAUUGCCCUCAUGGAAAAGGUGACGCCUGACUCCAAACAAUGUGACAACUUCCUUCUUCACAACCUUAUCCUGGACACUGGAAUUACACAACAGCUGGUGGAAACAGUAUGGAAGAAUCAAGAUUUAAGCACAUAUAGUCUUCUAGCUGUGUUUGUUGCCACAGAUGGUGGCAUCACCCGUGUUUUCCCUAACAAAGCUGCUGAAGAUUGGGAAGAAGACCGAGAGCCCUUCAAUGCCAGCUUUUAUCGAAGGAGCCUAGAUAAUAAAGGCUACAUCUUUAAGCCUCCUUACCGAGAUCCGAGCUACAGAGGAUCAGAGCCAGAGAGCAAUCCUGUUGGGAUCCUAGUUAGCACAGCUGUAGAACUCAAUCUAGCAGAGAGGCAUCUGAAGCCAGCAGUGGUUGGAGUAAAACUUGACUUGGAGGCCUGGACACAAAAAUUUAAAGUCCUUGCUAGCAAUCAAACAGAUCAGCAAAAAACACGAAGAGAUCUGCUUUGUGUGCUUAUUGAUGAUGGUGGAUUUCUGGUGAUCUCCAACCAAGAAGACUACAAAUAUCAGGUCGGAAAGUUCUUCAGUGAAGUGGAUGCCCAUUUGAUGUCUGCUCUCUACAACAAUUCAUUCUUCACACAGAAAGAAUCCUACGACUUUCAAUCUGUCUGCGCUCCAGAAGCUCCAAGCAACACAGGAAGUGCACCACGUGGGGUCUAUGUGCCAACCAUGGCAGAUUUCUUGAACCUUGCUUGGUGGAGCUCAGCAGCUGCAUGGUCUCUAUUUCAGCAGUUCUUGUAUGGAUUAGCCUAUAACAGCUGGUUUCAAACAGAGGAUGUUUCAGCAGACAACAUGGAAUCCAAGGAGACCAGCUGCAUUAUGAAGCAAACCCAGUACUAUUUUAGUUCUGUUAACUAUACCUACAACACCAUCAUUGACUGUGGAAAUUGCUCUAGGUUAGUUCAAAGAGCCCCUCUUUGUGACCUCUCCACAAGCUGUGAGAUGGACUGUGAUACUAAUGACAAGCUACCAUUUACAUUGAUACAGCUACAGAUUUUAGAGAGAGGAAAACAAAAACAAGAGAGUAAAGAAGAACAAAAACCAAUCACAAAUGUAGGACUGUCUGCUCCUCCAGGAGAUCGCAAUCAAUGUGAGCUAGUAGAGAAGCCACGUUACCGAAAGGGUCCCCGCGUCUGUUUUGAUUAUAACAUAACUGAAGACACUUCGGAUUGCGGCAGAGGGGCCUCUUUUAGACCUUCCUUGAAGAUCUUGUUAUGCUUGCAGUUACUCCUUCUCUAUUUGACUGCAAGUCACCAUUCGCUGCCCUUGGCAUUUUGCCUUUGAAACGCCCAUUGAGCUUAACCCAUCCUUUUUAUUUUAUGCACAUCAUCAUCCCCUCCAGACUUGCUAGAGGAUGACUUCUGCCUAGUCCCAUCAAUUUUGGCUGCACCUUGGCAUUCACUCAUGAGGAUUGUUGCUUUCUUUACUCAGAAAUCCAGAAGUUGUUCUUGGUUUUUUUUUUUAAAUCCUUUUCCUCCAUCAAUCCUUGCCUUUCCAGUGUGUCUGUACAAGCAGAUUGUGCUAAAGAGAGCUUUGAGAUGACAAGGGGAAGCAUGGACCACCGUGAUCUUCUCCACACAGGGAGCAUUCUUGAGCUUUGAUUCAUUGUUCCCCUUUCCACUCAUUGAGCUGUUGGCCAAAUACAAAGAACAUGGCCCCAUGAUUUUAUUUUUCCAUUGAAUCUGUGGAAUUCUGGGAGACUUUGUCAGUUCUCUUGUGAAGGACUUUUAUUAUGGUUUUAAAAGUAUUUAAUCAACAAUACUGAUGAUACUAUUUUGUCUGAAAUAACGUACCUUCCCAUUCCAAUAAUGAAAACUGCAGAAACAACACCGAUCACUAUAACCGAAAAAAAAUGGAGACAUCUUGCCAAAUUGAUUCUGUAACCUAGCAAACCUUUCAGCCAAUUCCAGUAGCUUUUCAGACUCAAAGUAAUCUUACAAGAUCACCCCAAUAUCAUUCCACCCAAUUUACUAUGAGUUUUCCAAGGCCACUGCUAUCUCUGCCUUUCAAUAGGUGGAUCCCAUCUCCAAUCAAUGAUGAAUUAUUUUCAUCCUAAACAAUUUAAUCUAGAUCUUUCAACAUCUGAUUACGAAGCACUUUCCCUGAGAGAUUAUAGUAUUUAUUGUCAGCCAAGAAAGAAACAUGCGCAAAUGCAGUGGAUAUUACUUGAAUGUUAAGGUCAGCAUUAUUCAUUUAAACUACUUAUUCUCUAAAGAGGACUUGAAAACCAAGCAGGGCAGAAAGAAGAGGGUGUGAAGAUCCUUUUGUAUACCAUUCCAAUAAUCCAUGUAAGGUUGGAGGAUGCAGCAACUGAGACAAUCUUUUAAAAAUGAAUAGCAAGAUAGAAUGAAAUUAUGGUUUAAAUCCAGCAGCUCCUGUUAAUUAUUUCCCUGCUUCCCCACUUUUUCCAAUUAGGAAAAAAAAACCAAUAUCAGCUAUUUUAAGAGCUGGUCUACUCCCCAAAUCAUGAUGAAGGCUUCAGUUGCUAGCUCUGCAGUAUCCAAUCUUUAAGAUAAGCUAAUUAUUGAGAUGGCUUAGACAAAGAUGAAGUCUUUUUUCUUCAGUUUCUUUUCUUCUAAACUUUAAGGAAUAUUGUCCACCCUAGUGGAGGCAGCACUGUGUGCCAAACCAACCCAUAAAGAUGAUAGCCAAAGUUUUUCUUCAUAGGCUUUGUGCAGAAACCUAACCACAGUCUUGGAUGCCCACGUACUUGAGCUCUGGGGAAGUGAAAAUGUUCUGCUUCACAAUAAUGGCUGUUAAAAUAUCUGCCACUAAGCUCAGACCCCACAAAGUACCUCUGAUGACCCUACAAGCGUACAUUUCAUGUCUGGAAUUGUUUUAAGUGGUUGCAACAAUUGAAGAAUUAAAAGAAAGUCUAAUGCUAUCAUUCAUCAAGUGGCAUCCUUUUAAAAAAAAAGCCUGUUUUUUGAAGAUUUGUCUUGAGCAGGUUACUGGUCUUUGUGCCUAUUUACUAGUGCACAUAUGGCAACAAAUAUACCUUGCUACACAUUAUGAAAUGAAAAUGCCUGCAGUCCCCUGACAAUUCCAGAAGAUCCUUCUCAUCAGCCAAAUAUACCCCACUGCACUGCCUCUACACUUGAAAUAGUCAGCAAAGUGAGAAGAAUUCCAUUUUGUUUUGUUUUGUUCCUGCUUGAUGUUGUAGGAGAGCCAGAACCUUCUGGACAAUAUGGGGAACCGCAAAACAGUAUGAUGCAACUUCAUCAGGGAGAAACUCUUGGUUGCCACACCAGGAACUGCAUGGUUUUCCCCUCCUCUGGCACAAGGGUGAUUGCAGUUACAAAAGCCUGCUAAAAUAUUAUACCCAGUGAUGCACUCAUUUCAACUUCAUAUGCUCAGUUCUUUAAUCCAAACUUCUUUUAAUACAAAUAUGCCACCUGUUAUGAAUGAUUCAAGUGCUAUGAAUUUCAUUUGCUUUGUUACAAGAAAAUCUGGAAAGCAAACUACUUCAACCUGAAGAUUUCUAAAGAGGAAGACAACCCACUUUGAUUAACAACUUCAGAUUACGUUUGAAUCAAACAUUCUGUGGUCUUAGUGUCGUGAUUUAGUACUAAACCACAAUUUUUGAGAAAAGCCUCCUGAUCUCACAACUUACAUGUUAAUUCAGCCUCUGCCAUUUACAGUGGCUCACCAGUUUAAUUGCAAACAAUAGUGCAGCUUGGAAGGUAUACAAUUGUUGAAUGCAACCCAUUCCUCAGCCAAUACUGGAGGCAUAUCAGACAAAAUUAUUUACUGAUGUUCUUAGAAAUAAGAUUCCUGUGGUCCUCAUAAUAUAAUCUAAAGAGUCGAAAGCAUAAUAUUGCUGUAAUAAUUAGGGCUGCAAAGUGCAAACGUGUGGUGCUUGGACCUAUUGUAGAAAAAAAUACUUGACAAAUCUGGAAGUAGAACCAAGGGUGCACUUGCUUACUUUUCAGUAAACUUUGCUCUUGAGACUAGGAAAUUCUUAAUCUCUCAAAAGCUAACUUCGUUCAAAUUCCUUUGUGUGCAUAUAACUCUCCCGUAAGUGAAUCCUUGUUUUCAAGUAAAAAGACUUCCCCUUCCAAGUCUACAUUUUUCCCCCCAGAUUGCUUAUAUACACAACAAUUGCACUGGUGCUAAGGAUAGUAGUUCUGCUUCAUUGGCUUUGUAUAGAUUUCUACAGAAGCAAACUAGGAGAUUAUACAUAACUAACUACAUAACUGUUAUAAAUCUAGCUAAUUCUGAUGUAUGGUAAAGAUAGCACCAUUAUUCUUUGGGUAUACUACCAGUGAUAAUCAAUUGUACUGGUUGUGAAUAAACUCUAAGAAUCUCCCUGGUCUCUUCUGAGCAGAAACUACAAAAUUGUGCCAAAUUGUGUGAUUGUUUUGUGAUGUGGGCAACUGUCUACAGUGUGCUUGCUGAAAACCCCCAAAUUGAUUCCACGUUAGUCUGAGUAAAACCUCUUGUCUUCCUUAUGCCACUUUGUCUGUGACUGUUUGGCUAGUGCUCUGGAGCCAGUAUAUAUUCAUCAGCAACAGAUAUUCAGAGAAGGAAAAACUUAGAGCACAAAAAAGCAUACACAGAAAUGAUAUUGGACCUGAAGUGCUUCUCAUUCAUACAAGAAGCUGAUUGGAUAACAUGGCCUUUCCCUGCUUUUGAAUACUUUGCCAUUAGUGGCCAUGACAUACCUCUCGGUCAGCCACAAGACUCUUUGUUCUUGCUCAAUUAUCGAAGCUCAAAACUAAAAUUUGAUGGGGUUGAAUUGGUAUUCAUUUCAUCUUUGACUUUUGGCCGAUGCCUUCCAAGAUGUUGGGGUUGUUUUGUUUUGUUUUAACAUACCCAAUGAAAUUUUAUAGUCACAAUGAAGCACAUUUAGUUGUUUACAUACAUAUACAUACAGAUGUGUUUAUGUAUGUAAUAACCAAAGACAGAUUUAAAAAACAUACCUUAAGUGAUUCACAAUGGUGCAAGUAUCUCUUGUAAUUCUAUGGGGUUGUUGUUUUUUCCUUCCUUGAGGUGAGUCUGUUUCCAGAUAUCCUUAUUUUAAGAGGGCAUUUAUGUCGCAAAUUAAAGCACUGCUUGGGUCCUCUGGCUUCUUUCUUUUUCAUCCUAGCUUUAGAAUUGCUUGCUUUAAAAUACAUUUUUAAAACUCCAAUCA